UUCUUGUUGCUGUUCCUCAUCCCGUCAGCAGGGGGCGAUGCUAAACCUGUUUUAUGUUGCUAAAUCCAAAUAACCCAUGCUAGAAUAAAACGUACGUUUCUUUAUGUUGCUGAAAAUCCUUCUCAGCCCCGAGGAACCAUGGAAAGACAUGAAAUGUUCGAGUUUGAAGAUUCUGACAUUGAGGAUGGACAAGAUGCGGGCCAACCCAAGACUAAAAUUAUUUAUCAGGACAAAUUCCCAUACAUCCAGAUGGAGCCACCUGACGUUUUGUACAAGCGGUGGGGUAAAAUAAAUCCCGAGCUGAGGAGAGAGACCGGACACUUGCUGCACAUAUCAGUGUUUUGGUGGUACAUCCUGUACAGGCAACAGGACAAUCACAGCACUACAGCCUGGGCUGUAGACAUGGGCUUCUUAGACUCCAAUGUUUCUAAUGAUUUGAGUUUGAAAAGGCUGCAGAGAAUUGAAAUCUUGGAGCUCAUUCUUGACACAGUGGAAAAAUGUCUGGCAGACAUAGAUCCUGAGAGAAAAGCAAGAGAGCUGGUAAUGAUUAGCAUGUCUCUUAAAAUGGAGGAAGAAGGUCUUACGAAGGCAGUCAACUGGUUAAAUGAAUGUGGUCCUCCAGGUCUAAGCAGGAAGAUCCUUCAUCUUGGAUCAAAACAAAUACGCCACCAAGUUCUAGAUUUUGUAUUUUCUGAGUAUUCUCAUUACAUACAGGUGAUGUCAUAUAGCAAAAAGAGAGCAUUCAUGGAGUUGACAUUCAAUCCAGAGCCAUGGUGUUUACAGAAAAGUGAAGAAAUGAAGAACAAAGGGAAUGAACAGUUUCAGAAGAAAAAGUAUGAACUUGCAGUGAAAUGGUACACAAAGGCCAUUAAAUAUCAUACCAACAACCACUUCUUAUAUGGGAACAGAGCACUCUGCUAUCUUCGUUGUGAAAAAUACCUAAAAGCAAUGGGUGAUGGUAAGCGAGCUGUUCUACUUCAGCAAGACUGGGCUAAGGGCCACUAUCGUUUCUGCGAUGCCUUAUUCUUCCUUGGAGCUAGAGAAAAAGCAUUAGAAGCCAACCUCACAGCUCAGGGUUAUUGUAGUGCUGAUCCGGAGGGAAUGAGAGACCUCCAGCAGCAGCACAGUCGCUUUGUGACUGAGAUGUCUGAGGGCAGGAGUAAAGGCAGAGCCCCAGCAUGUUCGGAAGCUGAAGGAAAACAGAAGAAAACAGAGGCUAAGAAAGGAUCCAGUAAAAGACCUGACGAAGCAUGUGCAGUAGAUCCCAUGGCCCAGCAUUUUCAUCCAGAGAACGCCCCAGAGGCAGCUCAUAGCUCUGAGAAUAAGCAGAGCGCAGAAGACACAAAGCAAGAGGAAACAUCAUCAACUUUAGGGAAGCCCAUAACUGACCCUCGAGGUGAGGACAACGGGAAAGACGCUAAAAGCGAAAUGGGGGACCGAAAGGCCAAAAAAGCAGCAUCAGGCGUUCAGGAGAAGCACUCUGUAAAGAAUAAACAGCCGCCUACACAGGUAAAUCCCCAGAGCAGCAGCAGCAGCAGCAGCGAAGUGUGCAGUAAGGAGCAGUUCUGUGCUGCAGUACGGGAUGCACAUGUAGCCCUCAGUGACCAGCGUUGCCGCAACGCAGAGCAAUCUUUCUCCGAGUCUCUCAGGAUCUUGGACUCCAUUGGAAUCAAGGAUCUCGGCAUAUCUGAAAUGGACAGAACUUUGUUAAUCUAUGGAUAUGCUACAGCUCUGAUAGAAAUUGGGCAACCUGAGGAAUUGGCAGAAGCUCAGCGGCAGUUUGAAAGACUAAGCUCUACAGCAAACAGAACAUUCCAGUCUUUGGUUCAUUAUGGUUUAGGAAAGGUGUUGCUGAAAGAGAAUAAAUUUAGCAAAGCCAGAGAUGAAUUUUUGAAUGCUCUGUUGAUGGUUCAGAGACAGAUCAUGCCGGGAAAGCUGACAUGGCCAACUACUAAAGUAACUGUUGAAGAGACCUGUCCAGAAUAUUUAAAAGAGCAGCUUGAGAAUUUUAUAAAGAUCUGCAAAUUUCCUCCUAAGCCGGAUGCGGUUUGUCGACACUGCUUGGGACAACCCCUUAUCUAUUUCACUGACCCAGACUUUAAGGGCUUUAUUCGGUUGUCAUGCUCUGAAAGCUGCAAGGUGGAGUAUCAUAUCAGUUGCUGGAAAAAGUUCAAAGCUGCUUCGUUUUCAGACAAGAACGACAAGGAUUUCCUGCAGGAUUUGUGUUUAACUCCUGACUGUGCUGGUGCAAUUUGUCGAAUUGUAAUAUUUGACUCAACCGGUCUUAUUAAGUGUGAGUUUAAAUCACAAGUUUCUAAAAGCAAAAUUCCUGGGAUGAGAGUCAAACAGAAAUGUACAAGUCUUAAGAAGUUGAAAUCUAAAGAAGAAAGAAAGCUGUUGCGGACACAAAAGAGGGAGUAUGCAUCCAACACCAAGAAUGAGAAAAGCAAUUUAAGAAUAGAAGAUGAAACUGAAAAAGGAGCAGAAGGCAUUAAACAAUCUUUUAAAGAUUGUGUUGUACAUGGAGAUCGGGUUUUACACCAAAUCGAUAAAAACAGAGAUCUUUUCAACGAUGAGACCCACAGUAUUUCUGGUAUGCUGCUGUGUCUGCGACCAUGGAUGAAGUUGGAUGAGGAUAAGGGUAAUGCAAGCGUAUUGAAGGACCGUGCCGAACCACAGGUUCUCAGGGACCUAGUGGAUCUGCUGUUGGAGAGAAAGAACAGGGUUUGGGCCAGACUCUUUCUUCAUAACCUCAGUGGCUACCAAGAAGUCAAGCCUGAAGUUCAUGAAUGGGCUCAGCAACUAAACAAUGCUGGACUGAAAGCUGCUGAGAACUUUAUUGGUCAAUUUGCUGAUGAUCUGGAAAAAUUGGAUCUUUCUUCCCUGUUGGAGUUUCCGCCACUACAUGAUGCAUUUCAUAAUACAGGCUUCACUGUAAUAGAGUACCUGAGACAAGCUCCACCACAGGAAAUGCGCCUCUUUAUUUGGACUCUGGAAGAAUACAGAGAGCACUACCCCUCUUGGUUCACUAUCCUUGAUGACUAUUUUGAAAUGGAUUCAAUAUGUUUAGUGUUAAAGAAGACAGAAAAAGAUGACCACUUAAAUUCUGUUUAUAAGAGUAAAAACAAAAAUCGGAAAAAGAAGCAGAAAGAACCGAAGUCUGUCUUGCUUCUAUCAGGGAGUAGAAGAGAGGAAGAGGACAGUUUCUUCUUUGAGGAAGAUUCACUGAGGCUUCUUCAUGGUGGUGAUCCCUUUAGUGUUCCAGAUUAUUUGAGAGAGCAGGUUGCAGAGUUUGAGGGGCAGUAUGUCAAACCAGGAUACUCUAACUACUAUAAGAGAUUUUUGGACAACAACCCAGAUCCAACUAAAGAGAGUUUAUAUGAUUACUUUGCACAAAUUCUAGAGGAGCAUGGCCCGCUUGAGGUCUCUCACCCACUGCUUGUGGGCGAGUUGCCGAACUUUCCCCAGGAAGCACUGCAAAAGAUUGAAGCUGCUGGAGGACUUAAAAAUUUCCUGCUCGAGUCUCUCAGAUUUGCAACGGUGUCCAAAGAAGGUCUUAUCGGACUGCCGUUGCAUGCUGUGUACUUUCAGCACAUGGAUGAUGAUGAUUCCUCUCUGUCGGCCAACUUCUCUUAUACUUGCAGCAUGGACGAUUCAGAGGCUAAAGGCUCCUCCCUUCUCAACCCUGCCGCCAAAGAAUUCCUGCCCCAGUCUAAACAUUUGGCUCCGAAUGACAAUAGUGACUCUUAUGACCAUGCUAGUUGUCCUGUUCUCCCCAGUCCUUAUGAUUUAAUACCUCAGAGUUCUCAGAAUGCAAAUUAUGCGUUUGGGAUGCAAGAUAUACCUGGAACUGUAAAACCUGAUGAACAAGCAGCAGGGUAUCAUGAUUACUUCCCCAUUCUUCCACUGAAUGCAUUUAACAAUGAGGUUUUCAGCUCUGAUAAUAAUUAUAUACAUUUUAAUGAAGACCUAUGUCCUAAAAGUAAGACUGUUUUUGUUCAGACGCUUUGGGGUAACAAAGAUACCAGAGAUGAUGUUGCCAUUAAUACAGAACCAUAUGAGGAGUUUGAAAAGAACAGAGGAGAUAUGACCCAAACAGAAAAAAACAACUUAAAAUUUGAAAAGCGCAUCCAAAAUUUGAGGGAAAUGCUUAAUGAUUUUCACAACAAAACAAAAAAGUCAUGUUCUGAUCUUGACACUGAAGUGAGAGACCUUAAUCAGCACAUAGGGAUUUCCAACAUAGAAUUGACUAUGUUCCAACAAAAGCUUGAGGAUGAAAUACGGAAAGCUCAGCAAGAGAAGAAAGAUCACCAAGAAAUGCUGAAGGUUUUGAAGGGUGAAAUCAAGGAGCUGGUGGAUUUUCAAGAGAGUAUUUCCAAGGAAAUUCAUGAUAAGACUGUGGAAUAUUCGAAAGAACUGGAACAUUUCCUUGCAAUAAGUAACCAUUCGGCAUCUGAGAAGAUGAUUUUGGAGGAAAGAAUAAAGAAAUGUAGAGAUCUGUGUACAAAAGCAAACAGUCGAUCCCUGGCAGGACAGGUGUCUAUCCUGAAAAAUAUGCAAGAGCAUGGGCUGCGUGGCUUGAGGAAGUUCUUGACAGAUGGGAAGGCAAUUCUAAAACACCUGACCGAGAGAUCACCCACGCAUCUAUCUGCAGGUCUCAGUUACAUCAUUGAGGACUGGAAAUCAUGCAUACAGGAAGUUGAGGAGAAUAUCAAAAGAACCGAGAUGCAGUAUGAAGAGCAGAUAGAACUUGUGAAAAACGGCACUAGUCUGUCUUCUCUCCAGGCAGUUGUCAUACCAAGCACCCCUGCUCCACCUGCUGUUCCGACCUUUCUUCAUCCUUUAUCCAAUAAGAAGCCAGCUUUGCUGCAGCUCCCUGUGCAGCACGCACACCCACACACCCCAUAUGGAGUUCAGCAGCAUCCUGCCAGACCUCAAACGCACAUGGCAGUAAACACUCACCAUGCCAUGCACACACCUCCAGCAGCCAGCGAGAACGUUGCUGCUCCAGCACCACCUGCAACCUCGGCUCCAGUUCAUCCUCCGCAACCUCUCGCUGUAUUCGAGAGGAUCGUAGAUCGUCUCAGCUCUAUGUUCCCUCACUACAGCAGACCGGUCCUGACGAAAUUUAUUCAGGAGGUCCGCUCUAUGAACGGUGGCAGUCUGAGCAUGCUGACGUAUGAAGAACUGAUUACCAGGGCUGCUCAACUCAUCCUCGACCAUCAGGAACAUUCACAAGAACAGAUGAACUUGGCAAACAGGGAGAUGGCUGGACUGAGACACACACCAGUGCCCAGUCCAACGCCUCCUCCCACUAACUCCUCCAGAGCUACUUCAACUGCUUCACCUGUACAUGUAUGGAAGAGCGUGUCCUCUCAACAUCGCAAGUCUUCCCGAGCUCUGAACAUGGAGGACCCUUGCAUUAUUUGUCAUGAGGACAUGAUGCCCGAGGACCUGUGUGUGCUGGAGUGUCGCCAUAGCUUCCAUAGAGAGUGCAUAAAGUCCUGGCUGAAGGAGCAGAGUACUUGUCCCACCUGCCGAGAGCAUGCGCUUUUACCUGAGGAUUUCCCCAUGUUGCCUGGACGGCAUCGACGAGGACACCUGCGUGCAGCGACCUUCACUUAAACCUUUACUAUUAUUGUGAUCCAUCUGUAUACAUUAAUCUUUACAAUUAUUAUAUAACAUAUAACAGUUAUAUAGAAUUUAAUAUUAAUUAUGACAUUAUAUAGAAUACAUAAUGUGCUAUAUAAUGUGAUAACCAAAAGAAAGCAGUUACUGAAUCUAGACUGUAUAUGGGUGACUAGGGCAAAUAUAUAUCCAUUUACUGACCCCAGUUCUGGUUGGAAGGAGGUGGUGGUGGUAAGAGUGUUGUUUUUAUUUAGAGAGUUGUGAACUUAAAAAAAAAAAGCAAAGUGAACAGUUCAGUGAUUUGAUUUUGUUUGCCGGUUAUGAUUGGCUGGCAUUAGUUUGUGAAAGUCUUAAUCCUCAAUUAAGGACCAAUCAGUAUUCUGUUUUAAUGGCUGUUUUAAUUCUAUCUUUGAUUGCACUGUUGUUCAGUUUGUGUUUAUAUAAUUUUAGAUCUUUCAUUAAACAAGAAAUUGAGAGAGGAAAAUAAGAUUUGUUUUUUCUUCUGUUCUUGGCAGAUUGUUCUGUGGCCUUAAGAGCCAUUUCAGAUUCUGCCAAAAUUUAGGGUUUGUGUUUGCAUUAAAAUAAUGCUGUCUCCUUACAGAAAGCAAUACAGGGUACCAAGUGAUUUUGUAAUCAAGGAAAUUGUGUAUUAAACCUAUUAAUACCCAAAACCUGUCU